AUGAUUUCAUUUCUACUACAUUUUCUCACUGACAGAGUGAUUCUUAGAUUCAGAAACAAUAUUGCAGAAGAGGAAAAUAACAGAAACGGUCUAGAAAAUGAUGAACUAGCUGAAGAAGAAGAUGAUAAUGCAGAAGAAGAAGAAGAAGAAGAAGAAGAAGACGAAGAAGAGGAAGCAGAAGAAAAAGACGAAGAAGACAGUGAAAAAACCAAAAUGCAAUCACUGUUGUUAAAUUUACUUUCAGCUGCAGAGAGAAAAUAUGGUAGUUUGUGCCACCUGCAAUCUCUCCUAGGUGAUACUACCAAAUAUUACAAUCCGGUUGCUCGUGCUGGACAUAAAGUGCAGCACUGUGCCAAAGGCUUGGUAUUCAAGUAUGAAUACUGCAGAUGCGUACGCAAAAAAGUUACAAUUCACUGGAAAAAAAUCCUGCCAUACAUUUAUAUCUAAGAUGACAAACGAAAAACAAAAAUAAAUAUUCUACAGUCUCUUCAAUUGGUAAUCCACCAUAUAAGGGAUAUGUGAAGACAUUGAUCACCUCUGCCAUGUAAGGGAAUGUCUAAGGAGAACAACUGAUGUUCGUCGAUGGAAUAUUAUGAAUUUACAAAAAUAAAAUCAUAAAUGAA